ACUGCUGGACGUCUGAUGUCUGAGGAUGACGACGAUCCUUGAACCUUCGUCCUUCACCUCCGGAUACGAAGAACCACAGCUGAUAUCAGCCGAGGCCUUCAGGAGAUGAAACACAGACGGACGCUGAGCAGCUGCAAGUCCCUGCGAUGUCUCUGCUCGGCGAUGUUUGUCUGGUGACGGGAGCUUGUGGAUUUCUGGGACGGAGGCUGGUGAAGCUGCUGCUGGAGGAGGAAAAAACAGCCGAGAUCCGACUUCUGGACAAACAAAUCCAGCUGCAGCUUUUACAGAGUCUGGAGGGCUGCAGAGGCGACACCAAACUGACAGCUUUUGAAGGCGACAUCAGAGAUGCUGACUUCGUUAGAAAAGCGUGUCGAGGAGCUUCCAUGGUUUUCCACAUCGCUUCCAUCAUCGACGUCACCGAUGCCGUGGAGCCCAGUGAGCUUUAUGGGGUCAACGUCAAAGGAACCCAGCUGCUCCUGGAGGCCUGUAUCCAGGAGAACGUUGGGUCCUUCAUCUACACCAGCACCAUCGAAGUGAUGGGACCGAACCCCAGAGGAGAACCCAUAGUCAACGGGGACGAGGACACCGUCUACCAUAGCAGCCUCAAGUUCGACUACAGCAAGACCAAGAGGGAGGCCGAGGACAGAACCCUGCAGGCCCACGGAGAACCUCUGCAGAACGGCGACCGGCUGGCGACCUGCGCCCUGCGACCGAUGUACAUCUACGGAGAGGGCUGUCGCUUCCUGCUGGGUCACAUGAGCGACGGGAUCCGAAACAACGACAUUCUGUACCGGAUGUCUCUACCGGAGGCUCUGGUGAACCCCGUCUACGUGGGGAACGUCGCCGUCGGUCACCUCCAGGCCGCCCGGAGCCUCAAAGACCCGCGAAAACGAGACGCCGUCGGUGGAAAGUUCUACUUCAUCUCCGACGAUACGCCCCACGUGAGCUACUCCGACUUCAACCACGUGGUCAUGGCUCCUCUGGGCUUCGGCAUCCAGAAGAACCUCAUGGUUCCGCUGAGACUCUUCUACAUUUUCUGUUUUUUCAUGGAGACUUUUUGCUUGAUGCUCCGGCCGUUUGUUCGCCUCGUUCCGCCGCUGAACCGGCAGCUGCUCACCAUGUUGAACACCUCGUUCAGCUUCUCCUACCAGAAGGCCAAGAGGGACCUGGGCUACGAGCCGAGGUUCAGCUGGGAGGAGGCCAGAAGAUCCACCGUGGAGUGGUUGGCGUCCAAGCUGCCGACCGAGAGGGAACGGAUCGCGUUGAGCUAAGUCGCUAAAACUACAAUUAGUGACAUUUAACAUAGUUUUUUUCAGGUACACUUUAUAAAUACUUAAACUACACUGUAAAAGAAACGCGUCAAAAAAACUAUAAUAUUCAAGAAAGUGGGCCCAAAGUUUCCCCACCUCAUUAAAAUACAGUCAUUUUCUUAAACUAAAACACAUCUUCUGGCCUUGUUUUUCUCUAUUUUUUGUCUUUUUGGGACAUUUUGCAACAAUGUUGAGCCUCAUUUCAACUUCAGUUCAUAUUUUGGGACCCAAUUUGUAAUUUUCUUUGUCUCUUUAUUGUUGUUAAAUUUGUGACAUUUUGUGUCUAGUUUUGCCCAUUUUAACUUCCUGCCCAUUUUUAUGCCUGUGUAUUCAGUUUUUGUUCCACUUUGAUCUACUUGUGUUCCAAUUUGUUAUUUUUUUUGUCUCUUUAUGGUUGUUUUUGUUCUGUUUUAACCCUAGUGUGUCACAUUUGGGAUAUUUUAUGCCUGAUUCUAGACAUUUUGCAUCUUUUCACAUUUGGUUUGAACCUAUUUUGGCCCUUUGAUGUCACAUUUGGGACAGUUUUAGUCUGAAAUUAGAAAUUUUUCAUCUUUUAAUGGAUGUUAUUGUCCCAUUUUAGUUAUCUCGAGCCCCAGAUUGUUAAUUUUGUGUCACUUUAUGGUUGGUUUUGGUCCAUUUUGGUCCUUGUGAGUCACAUCUGGGACAUUUUAUGUCUGAUUCUAUACAUUUUGCAUCUUUUCAUACUUGAUUUUGUUCCAUUUUAGCUCAUUUGAGACACAUUUGGGACAUUUAUAGUCUGAAUUUAGACAUUUUUCAUCUUUUAAUGGUUGUUAUUGUCCCAUUUUGGUCAUUUUGGGCUGCAAAUUGUUAAUUUGUCACUUUCUGGUUGAUUUUGUUUCAUGUUGACAUUUAUAGUCUGAAUUUAGACAUUGUUCAUCUUUUCAGUUGGUUUUGUCCCAUUCUGGUUAUUUUGCAUUUCAUAUUGUUAUUUUUUGUCUGUUUAUGGUUGAUUUUGUUCCAUUUUAGCUCAUUUGAGACACAUUUGGGACAUUUAUAGUCUGAAUUUAGACAUUUUUCAUCUUUUAUUGGUUGUUUUUGUCCCAUUAUGGUUAUUUAGGGACCCAAAUUGUUUGUUUUGUUCAUCUCUUUUUGAUUGACUUUGUUACAUUUGGGACAUUUUAUGUAUAGUUUUGGUAAUUUUACUUCUCUUUGUGCCCAUUUUGUCUCUCUGUGCUUAUUGUUUGUCCCAGUUUGGUCUAUUCGUGUUCUAUUUUAUUAAUAUUGUGUCUAGUUUUGCUAAUUUUGCCUGUCUUUGCUACCAUCAUAUCUCAUUGUAUUUUUUUUUAUUUCCAGUUUGGUCUAUUCGUGUUCCAAUUUCUUGAUUUGGUGUGUCUUUGUGGUCAUUUUGCAUCUCUUUAUGGUUGGUUUUCUUCCAUUUUGUUCCUUUUGUGUCACAUUUGGGACAUUUAUAGUCUGAAUGUAGACAUUUUUUAUCUUUUAAUGGUAUUUUUGUCCCAUUUUGUAGUUUUUGUGUUACAUUUGGGACAUUUUAUGACUAAUUUUGCUAAUUUUUCCACUCUUUGUGCCCAUUUGGUCUCUUUGUGUUUAAUUUGUGUUCCCCUUCAGUUGAGUUGUGUUCCAUUUUAUCAAUUUUGUGUCUCUUUGUGGUCAUUUUUAAAAAUCUUUUUAUGGGUGACUUUGUUCCACUUUGGACAUUUUGUGUCACUUUUGGGACAUUUUAUGUCUAGUUUUGUCCAUUCUACCCUUGUCUGUGCCCAUUUUAUCGCUUUGUAUUUAUUUUUUGUUCCACUUUGAUCUACUUAUGUCCCAAUUUGUUAAUGUUUUUGUUUCUUUUUGGUUGCUUUUGCUCUAUUUCAUUCCUUUUGAGUCACAUUUGGGACAUUUUGUGUCUGUUUCUAGACAUUUUGCAUCUUUUCACACUUGGUUUUGUUCCAUUUUGGUUAUUUUGGGUCUCAUAUUGUUAAAUUUUUGUCUCGUAUGGUUGGUUUUGUUCCGUUUUGGUCCACUUUGGAACAUUUAUAGUCUGGAUUUAGACAUUUUUCAUCUUUUAUUGGUUGCUUUUGUCCCAUUUUGGUUAUUUUGGACCUCAAAUUGUAAUUUGUUUUGUCUCUUUAUGAUUGGGUUUUGUUACAUUUGGGACAUUUUCUGUAUAGUUUUGUUAAUUUUACCUCUUUUGACUCUUUGUGUUUAUUUUUUGUGCCAGUUUGGUCAAUUUUAUGUCCCAUUGUAUUAAUUGUGUGUCUCUUUAUGGUUGGUUUUGUUCCAUUUUGACCCACAGGUGUUACAUUUGGGACAUUUAUAAUCUGAAUUUAGACUUUUUUUGUGGUCUACCAGUUGUUGUGUUCCUGUGACCACCUUACAUGGGUAGACUGAACUGUCACAGACUUGUGAAACUGUAGAAACACAGAAUUUCCAAAUCCACAAAUUCCUUUGGCGUCAGACCGAGCAGCGUUUUUUCCUGCUUUCAUGUGUUUACACAAGUUCCUUUGAAUUUAUUUAUCUUUAGAGAAACAAAGAGACAUUACAAGUAUACUAAUAAUACUUGUCUCAGUUUGUUUUUAUUUGAAGGGCUGAUGAAAACACAUUUCAUUCAACAUUUGCAUUGUGUCUGUAAUUAUACAAGAUCAUU